GUAAGGUGGGCGGGACUGAGAGAGGAACAGUGUGCGGCGAUUGGAGGAGCGGCGGCCAAUGGGCGCGCGGCGCUGAGGAGUUUGAAGGUGGGCGCGCAAUGGCGGCGGUGGCUUCUGGUGGCAGCGCGGGUUCCGCGCCGGGGAUGGCGGUGGUUGCGCCGCUCCCCGUCCCCGCUCCCACCUCGCGGCUCCCGGUUCGUAGGGCUGCGGCCAAGCGGGCGGCUCCCGGCCCGCAGCCGGCGGCUCCCGAGCAGAAACGGGCCCGCUCCGGCCCCACCUCGUCGCAGCCUCCGGGCCGAGCCCCGCUGCGGGCGCUGAGCGUGCCGGCUGCCCCGGGGCCAGGGCCUCCACGUAAAGCCAUGACGGUGAGCGCCGCGCCGAGGGCCGGGAAAGGGACCUGCGGGGCAGCCCCGGCCACCGCGGCGGCUUCGUGCGCCGGGGCGGCUCCGGUCGGCGGUGCCCAUCGUCGUCGAGCGGCGUGGGACUUGAAGGGACAAGUGAGCGACCUCCGGGCGGCCCUAGGGAACCAAAAGGAGAAAGCGCAAAGGUUGGACGGGGAGAACCGGCAGCUCCGGGAGCAGCUCCGGGAGCUCCAGGAGACGCUACGGGAGCGGGAGAGGCGGGCAGAGGAGCUGGAUGGGCGCGUGAGCGCGCUGGGCACGGAGCUGGAGCAGCACCGCAAGGAAUCAGAGCAGCGGGGCCGGGAGCUGCAGGAGCUGCGGGAGGCAGGCAAGGAGCUGACAGCACGGCUGGAGACCACCGAGGCCCAGCUCCACCAGGCGAAGGCCGCGCUGGCGCAGAGCGACUCGGAGGUGGCGGAGCUGCGGGUGCGGGCCGAGUCGCAGGCGCGGCGGCUGCGGGAGCAGGAGGCACAGUACGAAGCGGAGGUGGCCGAGCUGAAGGAGCAGACCCAGUCCCAGUCGCAGCGGCUGCGGGAGCAGGAGGAGCGGCAGCACGCGCUGGAGAUGGAGCGCCGCCGCCUGCACAACCUGGUGCAGGAGCUCAAGGGGAACAUCCGCGUGUUUUGCCGCGUGAGGCCGCUGCUGGCCGCCGAGGAGGAGAAGCAGAAGGGCAUGGAGCACCUCCAAUUCCCACCACACGACAACAAGACGCUGGUGCUGCUCCGGGAGGAGGAGUCCCACAUCGGCCGCGAGCGCAAGGACGACGUCAAAUACGACUUCAGCUUCGACCGCGUCUUCCCGCCCGGCGCCUCGCAGGAGGAGGUCUUCGAGGAGAUCUCGCUGCUGGUGCAGUCGGCUCUUGAUGGUUACCACGUCUGCAUCUUCGCCUACGGGCAGACGGGCAGCGGGAAAACCUACACCAUGGAGGGGCCGGACGCGCUGGACCCCGAGAGGCGGGGCAUGAUCCCGCGGGCGGUGCGGCAGGUCUUCCAGGGAGCGCAGGAGCUGGCGGAGAAAGGCUGGCAGUAUCGUUUCAGCGCCAGUUUCCUGGAGAUCUACAACGAGUCGCUGCGGGAUCUGCUCGGGGCUCGGCCGGAGCGCGGCGAGCUGGAGAUCCGCCGGGUCAGCUCCACCAGCGAGGAGCUGCACGUCCCCAACCUCCGCUGCGUCCCCGUGGCUUCUGAGGACGAGGUGCUGCAGUUGCUGCAGACAGCGGCCGCCAACCGCUCGGUGGCACGCACGGCGCUCAACGACCACUCCUCCCGCAGCCACAGCAUCUUCCAGCUCCGCAUCGACGGCACCAACGCUGCCCGUGAGCUGCGCUGCAGCUCCGUGCUGAGCCUGGUGGACCUGGCGGGCAGCGAGCGCCUGGACAAGUCACAGUCACAGGGCAAGCGGCUCCGCGAGACGCAGGCCAUCAACACCAGCCUGUCCUCACUGGGCCUGGUCAUCAUGGCCCUGGCCAAGAAGGAGCCCCACGUCCCUUAUCGCAACAGCAAGCUGACCUACCUGCUGCAGAACUCGCUGGGGGGCAGCGCCAAGAUGUGAGUGGGGG